UCCGCAGAUCUAAUCCUAUGUAGGCGCUGAUUGUGCUCGUUCAGGGGUUAAGCGCAUAACGUCAUCCCUAGUGGAGCACUGCGCAUGCGCACGAGCCAGCGCUGAGGACUGAGGCAGCCGAAAACAGCUGUACCGGAGGCCCACAAUGCGACUCUUGGCGCUCUGGGCUUCUGGCUUGAUCCGCAUCCGCAAUGGCUGCGCACAAUGAUCCAGAGUGCUCGUACUAUGCACUCUAGACCCGCGAAGAGAAGAGCACAAGCGGAGCCGUCUCAAAAUGAGCACCGGAUUCAGCUCGAGCUCCUGCCGGUUCGCGGAUUAUUUCGUGAUCUGCGGUCUGGAUACCGAGAGCGGCUUAGAACCCGACGAGCUGUCCGCUUUAUGCCAGUAUAUAGAGGCUACUAAAUUCAGAGAUGGUGCAAGAGGGAAGUUGAUGAGUACAGAUGAAGGUGAGAAUUUUGAGCAGAGUCCACUGCGGAGAACUUUCAAAUCUAAAGUUCUAGCGCACUACCCUGACAAUGUGGAGUGGAACCCAUUCGACCAAGAUGCUGUGGGCAUGCUGUGUAUGCCAAAGGGCUUGUCCUUCCGCACGCAGGCAGACACCCGCGAGCCACAGUUCCACUCCUUCAUCAUCACGCGAGAGGACGGCUCCCGGACCUAUGGCUUCGCCCUCACCUUCUUCGAGGAGGUGACCAGCAAGCAGAUCUGCAGCGCCAUGCAGACACUCUAUCACAUGCACAAUGCAGAACAGUAUGAUAUCCUGCACACCCCCCCUACCCCUCGCAGUCCUGAAGACCCUCGGCCUACACUGCCACAACUCCACGACGCCCCCUCCCUCUCCAGGUUACAGCGCUUCAACUCCUAUGACAUCAGCCGCGACACGCUCUACGUGUCAAAGUGCAUCUGCCUAAUCACACCAAUGGCCUUCGCCCAUGCUUGCAGGAGAGUUCUAGAACAGCUACACCAGGCGGUCACCUCGCCUCAACCCCCGCCCCUUCCAUUGGAGAGCUACGUCUAUAACGUCCUCUACGAGGUUCCGCUGCCACCGGCCGGGCGCUCCCUGAAGUUCUCGGGCGUAUACGGGCCAGUGUUGUGUCAGAGACCCAGUACUGUCGAGCUGCCCCUCUUUGAUUUCCCCCUACAGGAGGUGUUUGAGCUGCUGGGUGUGGAGAAUGUUUUGCAGCUCUUCACUUGUGCACUAUUGGAGAUCCAGAUUCUUCUGUACUCACAACAUUACCAGCGACUGAUGACGGUAGCCGAGGGCAUCACAGCCUUAAUGUUUCCUUUCCAAUGGCAGCAUGUGUACGUGCCCAUCUUGCCCGCUUCUCUGUUACACUUUCUGGACGCUCCCGUGCCCUACCUCAUGGGUCUGCACUCCAACGGCCAGGAUGACCGCACCAAGCUGGAACUUCCCCAAGAGGCCAACUUGUGUUUUGUCGAUAUUGACAACCAUUUCAUCGAGCUGCCGGAGGACCUGCCACAGUUCCCCAACAAGCUGGAGUUCAUCCAGGAGAUCUCAGAGGUUCUGCUGGCGUUAGGCUUGUCUCCAGAGGCAAACCCUCAAUGCAGCAAGGGCCACAGCAAGAUCAGGGGCUUCCGCUCAGCUGACAUGGUCUCAGACAAGCGCAACGGCAACCUGGCCGGCUCUCCGCUCAACUCUUUCCUCCUGAGAGAGAACCAAACCAUAGCUCGUCUGCAAGCUCUGGUUAAGAGGACUGGAGUCAGUCUGGAGAAGUUGGAUGUGAAGGAGGAUGCGAGCACUAAGGAUUCAAAAGUGAAGUGUGAGGAGGAGGAGCUGAAAAUGCAUCAGCUGAAUAUUCGGGUGCGAGAGGUCUUUGCCAAUCGCUUCACACAGAUGUUCUCUGACUAUGAGGUCUUUGUCAUCCAGCCCAGCCAUGACAAAGAGUCUUGGUUCAGCAACCGUGACCAGAUGCAGAACUUUGACAAGGCCUCCUUCCUGUCCGAUCAGCCCGAACCGUACCUGCCGUUCAUCUCCCGCUUCCUGGAGACGCAGAUGUUUGCCUCUUUCAUAGACAGCAAGAUCCUGUGCCACGAUGACGAGGACAAAGAGCAUACGCUGCGAGUGUUUGAUUCCCGUGUCGACAAGGUCCGCAUGCUGAACGUCAGGACGCCCACCCUGCGCACCUCCAUGUACCAGAAAUGCACCAAUAUCGAUGAAGCAGAAAAGGCCAUUGAGCUGAGACUGUGUAAGAUAGACCACACGGCUCUGCAUCCCCACCUGCUGGACAUGAAGAUUGGUCAGGGCCGCUAUGAGCCUGGCUUCUUCCCCCGCCUGCAGUCUGACGUGCUCUCCACAGGACCCACCAGCAACAAAUGGGCGAAGCGCAGUGCACCAGCACAAUGGAGGAGGAAAGACAGACAGAAGCAACACGCUGAACAUCUCUAUCUGGAUAAUGACCAGAGAGAGUAUAUCCAGGAGGCCAGGAACCUGGGCACCACUCUCCGCCAACCUAAACUCUCCAACCUAUCACCUUCUGUCAUCGCACAGACCAACUGGAAGUUUGUAGAGGGACUGUUGAAGGAGUGCAGAAAUAAGACAAAACGUAUGCUUGUGGAGAAGAUGGGUCGUGAGGCGGUGGAGCUGGGCCACGGGGAGGGUAGCAUCACAGGUGUGGAGGAGAACACGCUCAUUGCCAGCUUAUGUGAUCUUCUGGAAAGAAUCUGGAGCCACGGUCUGCAGGUCAAACAGGGAAAGUCUGCAUUGUGGUCACACCUCUUACAUUAUCAGGAGAGUAAAGAGAAGAGAGAUGCUACUCCAGCAGGCCUAGGCCCUCCUGGUAUCAUUCAUGACACAGAGAGACGGAAGUCAGAUGCUGGUUGUGCAAUGCCACCUCUCAAAGUCUCCUUGAUCCAGGACAUGAGGCACAUCCAGAACAUCAGUGAGAUCAAGACAGACGUUGGAAAAGCCAGAGCAUGGGUACGUCUCUCCAUGGAGAAGAAACUGCUUUCCAGGCACCUGAAACAGCUCCUGUCUGACCAUGAACUCACCAAGAAGCUCUAUAAGCGCUAUGCUUUUCUACGCUGUGAUGAUGAGAAGGAGCAGUUCUUGUAUCACCUCCUCUCGUUCAACGCCGUCGACUACUUCUGCUUCACCAACGUCUUCACCACAAUAAUGAUACCAUAUCAUGUGGUGAUCAUUCCUAGUAAAAAACUAGGAGGCUCCAUGUUUACAGCUAACCCCUGGGUGUGUGUGUCAGGGGAGCUGGCUGAGACCGGAGUACUACAGGUGCCCAGAAACACACUGGAGAUUACAUUUGAGUGCCAGAACCUGGGAAAACUGACCACCGUACAGAUGGGCCAUGAUAACUCAGGACUGUAUGCUAAAUGGCUAGUAGAGUGCGUGAUAGUCCGCAAUGGGAUCACAGGGCACACCUACAAGUUUCCAUGUGGCCGUUGGCUGGGUAAAGGGGUGGAUGAUGGCAGCUUGGAGAGGAUACUGGUGGGCGAGCUGGUGACUAACACGGAGAGUGAAGAAAGAAUGUGUCGAACUCCUCCGAUGCAGCAAUCCCCCGGGAUGAUGCGACGAUUUGUCACCAUUUCACCAAACAGCAAACCAAAGUUAAACACGGGCCAGAUCCAGGAAGGGGUGGGAGAGGCGAUUAAUGGCAUAGUCAAACACUUCCAUAAGCCAGAAAAAGAGAGAGGAAGCCUCACAUUGCUUCUCUGUGGAGAGUAUGGUUUGGUGUGGGCUCUUGAGCAGGUGUUUCAGCAUGGCUUCAAGUCACCACGCCUCUUCAAGAACGUCUUCAUUUGGGAUUUUCUAGAAAAAGCUCAAGUGCACUUUGAGAGUGUGGAGCAGAGUCAGAUGACCCAGGAUGAGAACUGGCAGAUGAGGGUGCGACAUUUCUGCCAUUUCAUGCGUGCCAUCAACAGCACACCCAGAAACAUUGGCAAAGAUGGGAAGUUUCAGAUGCUUGUGUGUCUCGGAGCCAGAGAUCACCUGCUUCACCACUGGAUAUCACUCCUUGCCGAGUGUCCAAUCACAGCACAGAUGUAUGAGGACGCGGCUCUCCUAAAGGACCAUUCUCUGGUGAACUCUCUGAUUCGAGUGCUACAGACUCUGCAAGAAUUCAAUAUCAUUCUGGAGGCCUCUCUCGUCAAAGGGAUCGGUAUAUAAAAUCGUCUGAAAAUGGAACCAACACACAGUUCAGCGGGGACCAUGGACUAUCUAACGUUUUGUUUUUUACAUGAAGAGACUUGAACAAGAUAACUAAACCCGGCUUAUGUUAAAGCUACUGUCACGUUUGCCAUAUAAUAAGUGCAAUGAGCCUUUUCAAAUGUGUCAUGAUUUUUAUCAAUAAUGCUACUGUUAGACAUUAGCAUAUGUCUAUUUUGAUCCGUACUUUUCACAAAAAGUGGAAAAAAACAACCUGUGCUAUACCGUUUUAUUGAAAGCUCAAUAUUUUUCGUUGUUGUUGUGGACUGCUGACAAUGGCUAUAUUUAAAAGUAAGAAAAACUGUUAUUAUAUUUUCAAAGAAGAACAGUGUUAUUUUGAUAUGUCGGUCAGGUUGCUUGCUCUGUGCUAUUAUCUAAUCCAUACUGUCACAAUGCAGAGUUUGAAGCAAAUGAUGUAGAAGUAUGCUUUAUAAGUAUAACAUGGGGAAUUCCUAUUUUUACUUUAUAAAAAAAAAAAAAAGAGAGAGAGAGAGAGAUAAGAUUGGAAAGAUACGGAAAACUAGAAAAACACUCUUGAUUUUGUAAUAAUGCCAGGGGCUUGUCAAUUUUGGGGGGAUGUGACCUGGAAAUGUUUUUAUGGGAUUUAACCUAUUACAAGUCAGUUUUAAAAAUUAUGGUUCUCUAUAAUCAAAGACAUGAUUUGUUAAAGUGAUGUCCAAACCUCUUAGUUAGACUGUAAAAACUAAAAACAAUCAAUACAGAAAAGAUAAUGUUGCGUUUCAUCAUAUAACCAUUUUCAGCCACCUUGUACUACUGGCUUGUUGUAACCUUUUUUCUUACAUCCCCAGAAAUCAUCUAACCAAGGUAUUCAUAACAUUCCCCAUCUAUUCUGCCUUCAAGUCUUGACGGUGGCCAAUUGUAAAGCAACAUUCGGAGUAGAAUUAAAUAGCAAUUUAAAUAAAUUGAGACAGUCCCUCCCCUAAGUUAAACCCCAGCGGCUCCUUUGUUUCUGCUAUGCAAUAUUUACAGCCCCCAAACUCUUUAGUUACUGAAUACUGAUGAAAUUGUUUUAAAGUGUAGCAUAAUUUGUAGUCAGGACAUAACUGAGAAAAGCACAUUAAAGGCUGACAUUCAUGUGCCAAUUUCAUCAUGACUGUUCUGGUAUCUGUGCAAACACAGCUGGCAUGAGCAUUCUGGGAGUUUUUUUCUUGUGUUUUAUCUCUUGACACAUUUAUAGACAAAGCAUUGUAAUGUAGUGUUAAAUAUUGUACAACUGUGUACAGUGUAUAAAAUGUAUUAUGAGUGACAAUUCAAUAUGGUUGUGAUGCUUCAAUCAGACCUUUAUAAAUGGCAUUCAGAAAGCACAAAAUCA